GCGGGAGGAUCCGGCAACUCCCUGAAGUUGCGGCACCGCGGAGCGUGGGCGCAGAGAAGAGCGAUUUAAAUCUUGCGGGCUGUGCAAGGGGCUCGGCGGCGGCCGGACGCCAGCAGCUAUCAGAAGUGGGGCAAAUCACGUGACUUCCUACACUGCUAACCAUGGCACUGCCGUUCCGGAAGGACUUGGGGGAGUAUAAGGACUUGGAUGAAGAUGAGCUCCUAGGCAAUCUGUCAGAAUCAGAGCUGAAACAGCUCGAAACUGUCCUGGAUGAUCUUGACCCUGAGAAUGCCCUUCUGCCUGCAGGGUUUCGGCAGAAGAACCAGACCUCAAAGUCCGCCACGGGACCCUUUGAUAGAGAACGUCUCCUUUCUUAUCUAGAGAAGGAGGCACUGGAGCAUAAAGACCGGGAAGACUAUGUGCCCUACACUGGAGAGAAAAAAGGGAAAAUUUUUAUCCCCAAACAGAAACCUGUGCAGACUUUUACAGAAGACAACAUAUCCCUUGAUCCAGAAUUAGAAGAAGCUUUGACAAGUGCCUCUGAUACAGAAUUGUGUGACCUUGCAGCUAUUCUAGGAAUGCACAGUCUGAUCACAAACUCACAGUUCUGUGAUGUGGUGGCGAGCAGUAAUGGUGUCGACCAAGAACAUUUUUCAAAUGUGGUAAAAGGUGAAAAGAUUCUUCCAGUGUUUGAUGAGCCUCCAAAUCCAACCAACGUUGAAGAGAGUUUAAAGAGAAUUAAGGAAAAUGAUUCCCGUCUUGUUGAAGUUAAUUUGAAUAAUAUAAAAAAUAUCCCAAUUCCAACUCUAAAAGAUUUUGCUAAGACUUUGGAAACCAACACACAUGUGAAACACUUCAGUCUUGCAGCCACCAGGAGCAAUGACCCCGUGGCUGUCGCAUUUGCAGAUAUGCUAAAAGUGAACCGAACUUUGAAGAGUUUAAAUAUGGAGUCCAACUUCAUCACAGGCACUGGGGUUUUGGCACUGAUUGAUGCUUUGAGAGACAAUGAGACCCUGACAGAGCUCAAGAUUGACAAUCAGAGACAGCAGUUGGGCACAGCUGUAGAAUUAGAAAUGGCCAAGAUGCUCGAAGAAAAUACGAAUAUCCUUAAAUUUGGGUAUCAGUUCACGCAGCAGGGACCCCGAACCAGGGCGGCCAAUGCUAUAACGAAAAACAACGACUUGGCUGUCCAUUGAAAUACUUCUGCCUACUCGCCAUCUCUCCAGCUAAGAAGUGUCCGAGCUCUAACAGAAAAGAGGUUGUAUGGUCCACAUACAAUAGUCACUUCUACACUGAGCUGUUCCUCUGUACACUAGCUAAGUGCCUAAUCGGCUUCUCUGGAGUUGUGUUUGCUGUGCUCUGUCCUGUAGAUCCUGUCUGUAAUGCCUUUAACAUUGUUUUAGCAUGCAUUUUAACAUCUGAAAUGGCUUGCCAAAACCAGUCCACCCUGCCCUAAGACUUGCCUGGUGUUUUCCUUUUCAAUGCCUGUUUGUAUUUGUAUUUCUUUCUGGUCUCCUUGACUUUUUUCUCCCUCAACUUUUCAGUAGACACUUGAAGCUUGUUCCUCAUUACUAUAGGUUAGAUCAGACAGAGUUAGGAAAAGGUGAGUAGGUAAGUAUAGUUUGUGGAGACUGUAGCCUUUGCUUUUAUUUUUUCAACUCCACCCAGCCCGUGACUGGACAGUCCUCCUAGACACCAGCAGCCAGCAGUCAGAAUAGCAUGGGAGCAGCCAUAACUGUGGCUGGGCAGGAGCCAGCACACUCUUGACUAGCUCCUCUGACAGCCAACUCAGGCUAGAAAGAGGCAGUGCCUUGUGACCCGCUUCUGGAGGGAACGUGGGGACUCAGCAGUCAGUCAGAGUGCAAAGCAGCAAAGCAAUAGCACAGGAGAGCAGCGCCUCCUGGCGGCCAGGUUGCCUUUUCCUCACUAGGAACAUGGCUGCCCUCGGGGCCAACGUGUAGUCUCACAGCGGUGGGUGGAGAGGAGUCCUCUCUAUUAAACACUUACUGUGUUCUCUGCACUCCUCUGUGCACCACGUUGUCACGGAGAGCUGUGAGGAUUAGAUACCGUUAUUCUCCUCCCAGAGAGGAAAGUUGAGACUCCGAGAGGCUGACUGCCAAAGCACACACCCAGAACAGUGACAGAGCUGUGGUUAUGUCCCCUUCCUGACUCUUUGAAGAGUGGUCAGCCAUAGUGUUGAAUACUGACGUGGUGACUUUUGGUAAAUGCCCUUGGUGACUGAUAGUCAAAAGAGCAAGAUAGCCGAAGAGCUUACUUGCUACUGGCGAGCUCGGCAAUGGUUUCACGUCACCAGUCCAUGAAGAGACCAAGCGUCGUCAGGUCCCUGCAUCUUGUUUGCUCCGUCAUCUGGACUAGUUGGUUAGCCACUUUCUGGAGCCAACGUUUAUAGGACCCAGAUGGAAAAUUUGUAAAGAGAAGGGAGAUUUGGAAAACAGUUCAAAGUCAGUUAUUAGAAAUGAUGCAAGUAUUUUUAUAGAUUCCUUCCAUGUAAGGAAAUAUGGUGUAUCUAACCAGGGGAACAUGCAAAUACUUUCAAUAAAAAUUUUUAAACUUUAUUUUGUGUAUUGGUGUUUUGCCUGCAUGUAUGUCUUUGUACCAUGUGUGUGCCUAGUACCAGUAGAGGCCGCAAGUAGAUGUCAGAUCCUCUGGAACUAGAGUUACAGACAGUUGUGAACUGCCAUGUGGGCGCUGGGAAUCGAACCUAGGUCCUCUGGAAGAGCAUUGAACCAUUUCUCCAGCCCCCUAAUAUAACUUCUUAGCCACAGCUUGCUGGUGUCAUUGUAAACGUUAUUGUAUUAACCAAUCUUUUCUCUAAACUUAGGCAUACUUUUUUGUCUGUAAGCAAAUGGCUUGAAAAGUGAGUGCUGAACACUCACUGAACACUGCUUUAGGUUUCUAACCAGCUAUAUGGAAGCACCUAUAACAUAAGAUACAUAGCUCUUGUUUAGAAGUCUCUUGAGUUUCAUCAAGUAAUGACAGUGGCAAGUGACUGAGCCUUCUUUAUUAAUGGUCAUAUGAAUCAGAAGUACUCAGUUCACUUUUAUGAGAUGUUGACUGCAUUAUACAGAAACUUGUUACAAGCAAGUUAGCAAUUUAUAAACCAAUAGGGAUUCAUAACAGACUUUAUUUUUUCUUCCCACAGUGCGCAAGAGGCGAGUUGAAGGAGACCACCAGUAAGAGUGCCACGGGUAACCUUUGGAAGCCUACAGAUCACCAAAGGCUCCUGUUGGUGACAGUAGAUGUAAAAAUGUCCUGGGUAGAAGGGAAAAGACUGGAAAUCUUUUUUUAACCAUAUGCAUUAUUUUCCUAGCUUAAAGUAUUAUGUUUGAUUAUUUGUAAAAUCAGUAAUUAGUAUUUUAUACUUGUAGACUUUCUACUGAAAUCAUUUUAAUUUAGAUUAAUUGAAUGAUUUAUAAUUUUUAGAUAAAAAUGCAGGUGUAGAAAGUUUCAGAAGUCAUGUAUGUAAGAAUAAUUUGAACACCUUGAGGACCAAUCUUUUUUAAAUCAAAAAGGGACAUUGCUGACCGACCAACUGUUAGUGUUGCUUCUUGUACAUAAAGGAUAGGGCACAUGGCAGUUUCCUUUUUAAAAAUCCAUGAAUUUGGGGCCAGGCGGUGGUGGCGCACGCCUUUAAUCCCAGCACUCUGGAGACAGAGUCAGGCGGAUCUCUGUGAGUUCGAGGCCAGCCUGGUCUACAGAGCGAGAUCCAGGUCAGGCACCAAAACUACAGAGAAACCCUGUCUCGAAAAGCAAAACAAAACAAAACAAAAUCCAUGAAUUUGGCAAGAGUUUGCUUUUUCCUUAUUAGGGAAAUAAAAUUUCAGAAUUUUGAAAGAUGACUCAUAAUCUGAUAUAUCUACAUAAUCCAAAGCAGGCCUCCAGGAGACGACCGGUCCUCUUCUGGGAGACAGAACGUUCCUCUGCGUUGCAGGUUUCUGUACUUGUUCAAUGGACCUCAGCUGCACUGGGGUUGGUUUUUUGUUUUUGUUUUUUUUUUUUUUUUUUGCGUUUGUUUGUUAAUAGUCCUUAAUUCUGCUCCACUGCCUACCUUGUUUGAAAGUAUAGUUAUAUCUAAGGUUACUACAGUAUUUCAUCUUGCUGUGGGCAUUAAAUUUUUGUAAAAGCUAAUGGUUAAAAAAGCAUCCAAGUAGAGAGGUUAUUUUCUUCUCCACAAAAGGCUCUUGCCAAUACUCAGUUAGAGUAAAAGAAAAAAAGAAAGGUGCUGUUAGAUAAUGGAGGGAGUCCAAGCCCCCAAACUGGCAGGAUGGCAGUUAAACUGAUGAGCACUGUCAGUUAGAAACUAAAACAUGAGCUGGCUCUGAUGGCUCACUCCUAUAAUCCUGGCACCUGGGAAGCUGAGAAAGGAAUAUUUCCACAUGUUCAAAGCCCGGCUGGACUACAUAGGAAAUUCCAGGUUAGCCUGUGAAUGUGAGAACCUGUGUUAAGAAAAGAAAGAUCUGUACUGUGUGGUAAGACACUUCCUAUGUGCCGCCACAGGUGCAGUGCAGCAUUUCAUGCACAGUUAAUCCCCGCUCCACAGUGUACCAGCCACACAAAAACUGCUAUUCUUCAGAAACCCAGCCUUAGUAGGUGCUUCCUUCUGGUACUUUUAAAACUCCAUAUCGUAACGAAAGAGAAAAAAAAAGUUGUAUAGCGUAGGUUAUCUUUAUGACCCAGGCGUUAGAGUGAGGACUUGAGCAGCGUACCGCAGAGUGGGGUUGGGCGAGGCUGCACACUGAUGCCCUUCUUGAGGAUUGGGGUUUGUGUCUGUGCCCUGUCCCAGAGCAGCUCCUACAGGAGUAGCAGAGGCAGUCACAGCCACAGACAACAGAGAGGAACAGGUCCAGUGGAGCACGAACAAGUUGACUUUUGUCUAUACAUUCCAGUUCUGUUCUGUAAUGCAUUGUGUAUCUGAAGAAAAUACUUCUUUAUAAGUAACUUAAGUGUGAACUCAUCUGAUUGAAUAGGGAGGCAGAAGCAGGUGGAUCUCUGAGUUCCAGGACAGCUAUUACACAGAGAAACCCUGUCUUGAAAAAUAAACAAACAAAAAAAGAAUUAUAAUGGAGAACAGUGUUUACCUUGAUCUUUAAAAGUGUGGCACCUCUUGACUUUUUAGUAACUCGGUAUUUUCAAAUUCCUCUGAGACUUUUAUGACAUAGUAAUAAAUUAGGACUUUGCAACAGUUUUAAUUUUAACCCAGAGAUUUUCUAAACCCUCGGGUUUUAUGUCAAGUUAAAUGGUUUAUUCUUAGAUAAAAAUAACAUUCAUGUUUUUAAAUUGCUCUUUUAAAAAGCUUUAAAUUGCCCAUUUUAUAAAACUGUGUGUUCAUAUUUGUCUUGUUAUAAUUUUCAGUAUGUCCACAUGAAAUUGUAUGUGUUAAAUUCAAUGUUAGUGGCUAAUAUUAAUACCUUGAAAGUAGAUUUUGGUGCUAUACACUUAUUAUAGCUAAAACCUACUGGAGUUUAAAGAAUAAGUAAAAGACAUUUUCUAAAGGUGCCUAUCAUUUCAAAGACCAAAUAAACAUUUUGUGUUAAAAGUA